AUGAAUCGAAUUCGAUGGCAGCACAAAAUGCUCGAGAAGUAUGGUAGCCCAGUAAGGGUUGGCACAAAUGAACUCUAUUUCUCCGAUAUGAAAUCGUGGCAAGAUAUUUACGGCCAAUCUUCCAAUCCCUGCCAAAAGGAAAAGGUAUUCUAUGAUAUGUUUACCGCAACGGGAGCAGUCAGUAUCCUGAAUGAGAGGAACAAAGCGGCGCACGCUCGGCUGAGACGACUAGUGUCUCACGCCUUCUCUUUGAAGGGGCUACUUCAGGAUGAACCAAUGAUCUGGCAGAAAGUGGCAACAUUAGUCGAUAUUGUCUUUGCUCCUGCGGCGAGAGAGCGCAGAUCAGUAGACAUUUUCUCGAAGAUGAUGGAUCACUACCUAGACAUAACUACAUACUUCAGUUUCGGGACCUCGUUCGACUCUGUUUCUGGAAAUGGACCCUUGAACCACGAUGAUUUGGACGCCUUCAUGGUGGUUGUACCUACACAAGCUUUCUUCCCGCAGCUACGUUACGUCCCUAUCAAGAAGAUCCAAGAUGGCUACAAAGGCUUGAACAGACUGAUCGAAUUCGCGCAAAAGUCUGUAAACGACUUUUAUGCCAAGACUGAAAAGGAUGGGGAUUUUGCGAAAGGGACAUUCCUACGGAACCUGGUGGACGCCGUUGACGCAGACACAGGCAGCAAGCUAACACUUCCAGAGCUGGUUGAAAAUACGAUUCUCUUCCUGGUGGCAGGAAGCGACACUACUGCUGUGACCACAGUAUACACGAUCUGGGAAAUUGGCCGACGACCUGAGGUAAGAAGCAAGCUACUCAAUGAGAUUCGGUCAGCAUUCCCAGACCCGAGUCAUCAGCCCACCUACGAAGAGACGGAGAAAUUGGAGUACUUGAAAGCUUGCAUUCAAGAAACUCUUCGAAUCUGGGGGCCCCUUAGCGCUGGUUUUCCGCGCGUCUCGCCAGGCAAAAUGGUCGGUGAUCACUUUAUUCCCGCCGGAGUUCAAGUCGCCACCCCGGCAUACGUGACGUGUCGUGACCCAAAGGUCUUUCAUAACCCUACUGAAUAUAUUCCUGAGCGAUGGUUGAAUGCAACAGCCGAGAUGAGGAACAUGUCCCGGCCAUUUAGCUACGGUCCAAGAAACUGCAUUGGGAAGCAUAUGGCGGAUAUCGGUCUCCAUCUCACUCUUGCUAGAAUAUAUCAACUCUACGACAUUGAGAUUGAUUCUAGCAUGACCGACGCAAUGAUGGUACAAAAGGACCGGGGCGUGUGCGCACCAUGGGAUGAAAAAUUGGUGAUAUGUCCGACCUUUGUUCAUAAGAACAUCGGGUCGUAA